AUGUCGUUUAAUUUACCUUCUUUCGUGCCGAACCAGGUUUCCGCGACUUUGCGUUCGUUGACUGACCGAGGUUUCCAAUCCCCUCUCAACGUCGCCCUUGCGACUGCCAUUCCCCUAAUCGCAUUAUAUUCCACACUACCUGCGCUCUCUUCUGCGGCUCCCUCCAAGCCAAAGGUUUACCCUUCACUCGGUAACAUAGCAUUUGCAGAAAACUCCCGCCUUGGAGAACUCAAGAAGCACGCCAACAAGCUCUACCCAGCUGACAUCUAUGGACCAGGCGAUACUGUAGAACUGACCAAAGGUGAAGUCAAGUAUUGGAUCUACGGACCAGAGGAAGGAAAGAAGGUCGUCCUAAUCCAUGGGCUUUCUAUUCCCUCGAUUAUCUGGAAGGAAGUUGCCACUCGACUAUCUCGGACGGGUUUCCGUGUUCUUCUCUUUGAUCUUUAUGGUCGUGGAUACUCCGAGGCACCUGACGCUCGGACAACACGAUACGAUGUGGACUUGUACAUAACGCAACUAGCAUUAUUGAUGCAAUACGUUGGCUGGAAAAAGGCUCGAAUCGUUGGCCUUUCGAUGGGUGGUGGAAUCGCAGCUGCCUUUGCUGCAAAAUUCCCUUGGUUAGUCGAUUCUAAUGUUGGACUAAUUGCGAGUGUCGGAGUCAUGGAGGGCCCGAUUGGUGGGACCAUUGCUCGUGUGUUUGGAUCAGCAGCCUUCCAGCGCUUCCGUCAUAGCGCACUGGGUCAGGCUUUGUUUACGCCAGUGCCGCCCCCAGAAAUUCCCAAAGACUUAUCCAAGGGUGACCAAUUAGUUCGGAUAGAACAAAGACUGUUCGGUUUGCAGAGUGCCAUCCUCCCGGGAUACACCGCUGCUGUCGCUGCCUCGGUAUUCAUGGGACCACUCAGGGGACUAGAAAAUGAAUUUACGAAACUCGGCGAACUAGAGGGCGGGACCAAGGAUGCAAUCGUCUCCUACAAGUAUGCCGAUAUAAUCAAGAAACUGAUUCCUCACGCUGAAUUGGUCACCAUCGAAGGCGCUGGUCAUGAUUUGGAGGCACUGGAACAGGAUUGCAGCUCACACAUAGCCAUGUUCACUGAGACCACCCAAUACUUGACCACUCACUACUGUGCCGCCGCAGGAGCUCUCCUGAUGGCAUACUAUGCUGUUCCCUACUUACUGGACCCCCAUGACUAUCGACGUCGGUUCUCUGGCCCAUGGCUCGCAUCUAUUAGUGGCUCAUGGAUGGCAAGAAGUGCUAGCUCUGGCCAGCACUACCAAAACCUUCUCCAGGCCCAUGAGAAAUACGGGAAGUUUGUGAGAAUCGGACCCAAUCACAUCAGCAUCUCCGAUCCUGAUGCUCUGGAGGAAGUUUAUGGACACUCGAAUGGCCUACUCAAGUCUGAGUUUUACGACAUUUUCGUUAGUGGCACUGGUGACAGAAACGUAUUUAACACUCGGGAUAGGGCCAUUCACACUAUGAAACGUAAACGUAUUGCGAACAUAUUCAGUCCCCAGAACGUUGGUGCCUUUGAGCCUCGCAUCAGGGUGCACAUCCAGCGAUUUUGUGAUCAGCUAGAUAUGCGAUGCGACCAGGCCGCCAUUGGCACGUCUGGCUUUAAUUGGGUUGCCAAGGACGGCCAAGCCGUUCUUAACAGCUGUCCGCAAUUCGCCUACCUUAAUUUUGAUGUCAUCAGCGACCUGGCCCUUGGAACUCCUUUUGGAAUGGUCGAGGCACAGAAGGACUCAAUUCCUACUGUUCUAUCGCUCACCUCCAAGAAGAGCAUUAAAGGCGUAGCCCCCGUUCACCUUUCAGCGGUCGCAACACAAGGUGGGAUGACUCUAGGCUCCUACCCUUCAUGGGUGUGGAAAUUGCUCUUCUAUGCUCCCUGGAACUUCUCCAAAAUAGCCGCUUUUCGGAACUUUGAGGAUGCUACGCAGGCGGCGGUCGAAGCAAACGUUAUCAGAAGAGAAAACGAAGGACAAGAAACAAACGAGAGGGGGGUGGACUUACUUGACAAGUUGUUCGAGGUUAAGAAUGCUGAUGGCUCGCCACUGACGAGACCAGAAAUUGAUGCCGAAGCCACAAUCACACUUGCCGCAGGGAGCGAUACGACUGCAAAUUCCCUAAGUGCUAUGUCCUACUAUAUCGCUUCGAACGCCGACGUUAAAAAGAAGCUCCAGCAUGAACUUGAUUCUAUUGAUCUGAGCUCGGCUCUCAAGAUGAAUUAUUUUGAUAUGGACAAGCCCACCUGCAUAAUUCCCAGCUUCGAGCAAGUCAAAAACCUGCCAUAUCUUGGCGCAUGUGUGAAGGAGACUCUAAGACUCUAUUCCACAGUGGGCUCUGGCCUGCCCCGAGUCGUCCCAGAAGGCAAGACGCUGACCGUUGCUGGUCAAGCCUUUAACGCAGGAAGCAUCGUUAGUGUACCAUCGUACUGUACCAAUAGGUCAAGCGUGUGGGGUCCUGACGCGGAGGUGUACCGGCCAGAACGGUGGUUAGAGGAAGGGGCAUCGUCUUUGAACAAGUACUUUGCUGCGUUCUCGACUGGGCCUCGCGGCUGCGUAGGUCGCAAUCUAGCAAAUCUUAACUUACUAUUGGUUUCUUCUACUUUUUUCCGUCGGUAUGACAUCGAGUUGGCUAGCCCUACCACUAAGUUCCGAACUUUUGAAAGCUUUGUUAGGGACGCAGCUCACUGCGAAGUCGCCAUUAAGCGAAGGAUCUGA